AUGGGUCACGAGCAACAAGAGCACGGCAGUGGCCACCUCCUGCUCUUCCCGUUCCUGGCGCAAGGCCACCUCAUCCCGUUCCUCAACCUGGCUAAGCGCUUAGAGAGCCUCGGGCAGCGUGGUGGCAGCGGCCACCGCCGUCUCGCGAUCACCAUCGUCAGCACGCCUCGCAACGUCGCCAGCCUCCAGCGCGCGCUGCCGGCCGGAUCUUCCAUCGGCUUCGCCGAGCUGCCGUUCUCGCCGUCGGACCAUGGCCUGCCACCCGACGCCGAGAGCGCCAACGCCGUGCCCCUCCAUACCUUCCCAACUUUCACCUUCGCGACGGAGCUGCUCCAGUCGUCAUUCGAGAAGCUCCUGACUGAGAUCGCCGGGAGAGAAGGGCGCAAGAACGUGUGCGUCCUCGCGGACAUGUUCCUGGGCUGGACGGCCGAGACCGCCCGCGCGCUCGGCGUCCGGCACCGCAUGUUCCUCACCAACGGCGCCUAUGCCUCCGCCGUCAUCUUCUCUAUCUGGCUCCGCCCGCCGUCGUUCCCGCGCUCCGCCGACCCUGACGACGAGCUUGCGCUGGCAGAGUUCCCCGACGUGUGUGUUCGGUAUGUGGACUUCCUGAACGUUGUCCUCAACGAGGACUACGGCACCGACCGGUCCGACCCCAUGGUGGCGUACCUGUGCCGGAUGAUCAGCCUCCACUUCCGACACUCGAGCGGCCUCGUCAUCAAUACCUCCGAAGAGAUCGAGUCGAAAGGUCUUCACCUCAUCGGGAAGCUCUCCGGGCUGCCGACUUUCGCCGUCGGUCCCGUCAUCGGCGCCGGCGGCCGAACAGCUACAGAUGACACCGCGCCAGACCAAGACAUGUGCAUCAAGUUCUUGGACUCCAAGCCGCAGGCGUCCGUCCUGUACGUGUCGUUCGGGUCGCAGAGCUCGAUCCCGGCGUCGCAGAUGAUGGAGCUGGCGCGGGGGAUGGAGGCCAGCGGGCGUCCGUUCAUCUGGGUGGUGCGUCCACCGGUGGAGUCCGACGGGGCGAAGGGGUUCCGCGCCGAGUGGCUCCCCGACGACUUCGAGGAGAGGGUCGCGGCCGCGGAGCAGGGCGUGGUGGUGCGCGGGUGGGCGCCGUAG